GGAGAAUUGUGGGAUCGUGGCCUCUCUUGAUUAUGAUGAAUUGGAAAUCGAGAACAAGGAUGACCACAAUAAAAUCCAAAGAGAGGAGAAGCCAUGUAAAAAUUUGGAGAGUGGAGAAAGCUGUAGUCAGAGUUCCCAUUCCACAUCUCAUCAACAAAAUCUCAUUGGAAAGAAAUUCUACCAGUGUAUGAAAUGUGGAAAGAGCUUCAGUCAGAGCUCCAAACUUACUUCCCAUCAAAGAAGUCAUACAGGGGAGAAACCCUAUCAGUGUGUGGAAUGUGGAAAGAGUUUCACAGAUAGCAGCUCUCUUACUAGGCAUCAGAGAAUUCAUACAGGGGAGAAACCAUAUCAUUGUGUGGAAUUUGGAAAGAGCUUCCGUUUGAGCACUGAACUCACUUCACACCAGAGAAUUCAAAAGGGUGAGAAACCAUAUCAGUGUGUGGAAUGUGGAAAGAGCUUCAGUCAAAGCCGGGAUCUCACUUCCCAUCAUAGAAUUCAUACAGGGGAGAAACCCUAUCAGUGUGUGGAAUGUGGAAAGAGUUACACUGAUAGCAGCUCUCUCACUAAGCAUCAGAGAAUUCAUACAGGGGAGAAACCCUAUCAGUGUGUGGAAUGUGGAAAGAGCUUCAGUCACAGCCAGAGUCUCACUUCCCAUCAAAGAAUUCAUACAGGGGAGAAACCCUAUCAGUGCAUGGAAUGUGGAAAGAGCUUCAGUCAGAGCUCCUCUCUCACUUCCCAUCAAAGAAUUCAUACAGGGGAGAAACCCUAUCAGUGUGUGGAAUGUGGAAAGAGUUACACUGAUAGCAGCUCUCUCACUAAGCAUCAGAGAAUUCAUACGGGUGAGAAACCAUAUCAGUGUGUGGAAUGUGGAAAGAGCUUUAGUCACAGCCACAGUCUCACUUCCCAUCAAAGAAUUCAUACAGGGGAGAAACCCUAUCAGUGUGUGGAAUGUGGAAAGAGCUUCAGUCAGAGCUCCUCUCUCACUUCCCAUCAAAGAAUUCAUACAGGGGAGAAACCAUAUCAGUGCUUUGAAUGUGGAAAGAGCUUCAGUAAGAGCUCCACUCUCACUUCCCAUCAAAUAAUUCAUACAGGGGAGAAACCCUAUCAGUGUGAGGAAUGUGGAAAGAACUUCAGUCAGAGCUCCCAUCUCACUUCCCAUCAAAGAAUUCAUACAGGGGAGAAACCCUAUCAGUGUGUGGAAUGUGGAAAGAGCUUCAGUCGCAGCUCCCAUCUCAAUUCCCAUCAAAGAAUUCAUACAGGGGCCAAACCCUAUCAAUGUGUGGAAUGUGGGAAGGGCUUCAGUCAAAGCCACAGCCUCACUUCCCAUCAAAGAAUUCAUACAGGGGAGAAACCCUAUCAGUGUGUGGAAUGUGGAAAGAGUUACACUGAUAGCAGCUCUCUCACUAGGCAUCAGAGAAUUCAUACAGGGGAGAAACCAUAUCAGUGUGUGGAAUGUGGAAAGAGCUUCAGUCAGAGCUACCAUCUUACCUCCCAUCAAAAAAUUCAUACAGGGGAUAAACCAUAUCAAUGUGUGGAAUGUGGGAAGGGCUUCAGUCACAGCCACAGCCUCACUUUACAUCAAAGAAUUCAUACAGGGGAUAAACCAUAUCAAUGUGUGGAAUGUGGGAAGGGCUUCAGUCACAGCCACAGCCUCACUUUACAUCAAAGAAUUCAUACAGGAGCAAAACCCUAUCAAUGUGUGGAAUGUGGGAAGGGCUUCAGUCGCAGCCACAGCCUCACUUCACAUCAAAGAAUUCAUACAGGAGCAAAACCCUAUCCGUGUUUUGAAUGCGGAAAGAGCUUCACUCAUAAUUUCUCUCUCACUUCUCAUCAACGAAUUCAUACAGGGGAGAAACCAUAUCAGUGCUUUGAAUGUGGAAAGAGCUUCAGUAGUAGCUCCCAUCUCAUUUCCCAUCAAAGAAUUCAUACAGGGGAGAAACCAUAUCAGUGCUUUGAAUGUGGAAAGAGCUUCAGAAAGAAGGACAGUCUUACUUCCCAUCAAAGAAUUCACACAGGGGAGACACCCUAUCAGUGUAAACUCUACCAGUGUAUGAAAUGUGGAAAGAGCUUCAGUCAGAGCUCCAAACUUACUUCCCAUCAGAGAAUUCAUACAGGGGAGAAACCCUAUCAGUGUGUGGAAUGUGGAAAGAGCUUUAGUCAGAGCCACUAUCUCACUACCCAUCAAAGAAUUCAUACAGGGGAGAAACCCUAUCAGUGUGUGGAAUGUGGAAAGAGUUUCAUUGAUAGCGGGUCUCUCACUAAGCAUCAGAGAAUUCAUACAGGGGAGAAACCAUAUCAAUGUGUGGAAUGUGGAAAGAGUUUUAGUCACAGCCAGAGUCUCACUACCCAUCAAAGAAUUCAUACAGGGGAGAAACCCUAUCAGUGUGUGGAAUGUGGAAAGAGUUUCACUGAUAGAGGAUCUCUCUCUAAGCAUCAGAGAAUUCAUACAGGGGAGAAACCAUAUCAGUGUGUGGAAUGUGGAAAGAGUUUCAGUCGGAGCUGCCAUCUCACUUCCCAUCAAAAAAUUCAUAUAGGGGAGAAACCCUAUCAGUGUGUGGAAUGUGGAAAGAGCUUCCGUUACAGCAACAAUGUGACUUCCCAUCAGAGAAUUCAUACAGAAAGGAAACCCUAUCAGUGUGUGGAAUGUGGAAAGAGCUUCAGUCACAGUCACAGUCUCACUUCCCAUCAAAGAAUUCAUACAGGGGAGAAACCCUAUCAGUGUGUGGAAUGUGGAAAGAGCUUCAGUCAGAGCUCCCAUCUCAAUUGCCAUGAAAGAAUUCAUACAGUGGUCAAACCCUAUCAGUGCUUUGAAUGUGGAAAGAGCUUCAGUUGCAGCCAGAGUCUCACUUCCCAUCAAAGAAUUCAUACAGGGGAGAAACCCUAUCAGUGUGUGGAAUGUGGAAAAAGCUUCAGUCAGAGCUCCUCUCUCACUUCCCAUCAAAGAAUUCAUACAGGGGAGAAACCCUAUCAGUGCUUUGAAUGUGGAAAGAGCUUCAGUUACAGCCAUAGUCUCACUACCCAUCAGAGAAUUCAUACAGGAACGAAACCCUAUCAGUGUGUGGAAUGUGGAAAGAGCUUCAGUCGCAGCCAGAGUCUCACUUCCCAUAAAAGAAUUCAUACAGGGGAGAAACCCUAUAAGUGUGUCGAAUGUGGAAGGAGCUUCAGUCAGAGCUCCCAUCUCACUUCCCAUCAAAAAAUUCAUACAGGGGCAAAACCCUAUCAAUGUAUGGAAUGUGGUAAGGGCUUCAGUCACAGCCAUAGUCUCACUACCCAUCAAAGAAUUCAUACAGGAGCAAAACCCUAUUCGUGUUUUGAAUGUGGAAAGAGCUUCACUGCUAGCUCCUCUCUCACUUCCCAUCAAAAAAUUCAUACAGGGGAGCAACCCUAUAAGUGCUUGGAAUGUGGAAAGAGCUUCAGUCGGAGCUCCUCUUUCACUUCCCAUCAAAGAAUUCAUAUAGGGGAGAAACCCUAUAAGUGCUUGGAAUGUGGAAAGAGCUUCAGUCACUGCUCUAAACUUACUUCCCAUCAAAGAAUUCAUACAGGGGAGAAACCCUAUCAGUGUGUGGAAUGUGGAAAGAGUUUCACUGAUAGCGGCUCUCUCACUAAACAUCAGAGAAUUCAUACAGGGGAGAAACCAUAUCAGUGUGUGGAAUGUGGAAAGAGCUUUAGUCACAGCCACAAUCUCACUACCCAUCAAAGAAUUCAUACAGGGGAGAAACCCUAUCAGUGUGUGGAAUGUGGAAAGAGUUUCACUGAUAGCAGCUCUCUCACUAAGCAUCAGAGAAUUCAUACAGGGGAGAAACCCUAUCAGUGUGUGGAAUGUGGAAAAAGUUUCAGUAGGAGCUCCCAUCUCACUUCCCAUCAAAAAAUUCAUAUAGGGGAUAAACCAUAUCAAUGUGUGGAAUGUGGAAAGAGCUUCCGUUUGAGCACCGAACUCACUUCACAUCAGAGAAUUCAUACAGGUGAGAAACCAUAUCAGUGUGUGGAAUGUGGAAAGAGCUUCAGUCACAGCCAGAGUCUCACUUCCCAUCAAAGAAUUCAUACAGGGGAGAAACCCUAUCAGUGUGUGGAAUGUGGAAAGAGCUUCAGUCAGAGCUCCCAUCUCAAUUGCCAUCGAAGAAUUCAUACGGGGGCCAAACCCUAUCAGUGCUUUGAAUGUGGAAGGAGCUUCACUAAUAGCUCCUUUCUCACUUCCCAUCAAAGAAUUCAUACAGGGGAUAAACCCUAUCAGUGUGUGGAAUGUGGAAAAAGCUUCAGUCAGAGUUCGUCUCUCACUUCCCAUCAAAGAAUUCAUAUAGAGGAGAAACCCUAUCAAUGUGUGGAAUGUGGAAAGAGCUUCCGUUACAGCCAAAAUCUCACUUCCCAUCAGAGAAUUCAUACGGAAAGGAAACCCUAUCAGUGUGUGGAAUGUGGAAAGAGCUUCAGUCACAGCCAGAGUCUCACUUCCCAUAAAAGAAUUCAUACAGGGGAGAAACCGUAUCAGUGUGUGGAAUGUGGAAAGAGCUUCAGUCAGAGCUCCCAUCUCAUUUCCCAUCAAAAAAUUCAUACAGGGGCAAAACCCUAUCAAUGUGUGGAAUGUGGGAAGGGCUUCAGUCACAGCCACAGCCUCACUUCCCAUCAAAGAAUUCAUACAGGAGCAAAACCCUAUCCAUGUUUUGAAUGUGGAAAGAGCUUCACUACUAGCUCCUCUCUCACUUCCCAUCAAAGAAUUCAUACAGGGGAACAACCCUAUAAGUGCUUGGAAUGUGGAAAGAGCUUCAGUCGGAGCUCCUCUUUCACUUCCCAUCAAAGAAUUCAUAUAGGGGAGAAACCCUAUAAGUGCUUGGAAUGUGGAAAGAGCUUCAAUCGGAGCUCCUCUUUCACUUCCCAUCAAAGAAUUCAUAUAGGGGAGAAACCCUAUAAGUGCUUGGAAUGUGGAAAGAGCUUCAGUGAAAGUUCCAAACUCAAUUCUCAUAAAAGAAUCCAUAGAAAGAAACCCUAUCAGUGCAUGGAAUGUGGAAAGAACUUCAGUCAGAGCUCCCAUCUCACUUCCCAUCAAAGAAUUCAUACAGGGGAGAAACCAUAUCAGUGUGUGGAAUGUGGAAAGAGCUUCAGGAAAAACAUCCAUCUCACUUCCCAUCAAAGAAUUCAUACAGGGGAGAAACCCUAUCAUUGUGUGGAAUGUGGAAAGAGCUUCAGGAAGAGCUGCUCUCUCACUUCCCAUCAAAGAAUUCAUACAGGCGAGAAACCUUAUCAGUGUGUGGAAUGUGGAAAGAGCUUCAGGAAGAGCUGCUCUCUCACUAAGCAUCAGAGAAUUCAUACAGGGGAGAAACCCUAUCAGUGUGAGGAAUGUGGAAAGAGCUUCAGUCACAGCCACAAUUUCACUUCCCAUCAAAGAAAACAUAAAGGGGAGAACCCCUAUCAGUGUGUGGAAUGUGGAAAGAGCUUCACUGAUAGCUCCCCUCUCACUUCCCAUCAAAGAAUUCAUACGGGGGAGAAACCCUAUCAGUGUGUGGAAUGUGGAAAGAGCUUCAGUCAGAGCUCCCAUCUCACUUCGCAUCAAAGAAUUCAUACAGGGGAGAAACCAUUUCAGUGCAUGGAAUGUGGAAAGAGCUUCACUGAUAGCGCCCAUCUCACUUCACAUCAAAGAAUUCAUACAGGGGAGAAACCAUUUCAGUGCAUGGAAUGUGGAAAGAGCUUCAUUCAGAGCUCCUCUCUCACUAAGCAUCAAAGAAUUCAUACAGGGGAGAAACAUUAUCAUUGUGUGGAAUGUGGAAAGAGCUUCAGUCAGAGCCACAAUCUCACUUCCCAUCAAAGAAUUCAUACAGGGGAGAAACCUUAUCAGUGUGUGGAAUGUGGAAAGAGCUUCAGGAAGAGCUGCUCUCUCACUAAGCAUCAGAGAAUUCAUACGGGGGAGAAACCCUAUCAUUGUGUGGAAUGUGGAAAGAGCUUCAGUCAGAGCCACAAUCUCACUUCCCAUCAAAGAAUUCAUACAGGGGAGAAACCUUAUCAGUGUGUGGAAUGUGGAAAGAGCUUCAGGAAGAGCUCCUCUCUCAGUAAGCAUCAAAGAAUUCAUACAGGGGAGAAACCCUAUCAUUGUGUGGAAUGUGGAAAGAGCUUCAGUCAGAGCAACAAUCUCACUUCCCAUCAAAGAAUUCAUACAGGGGAGAAACCCUAUCAGUGUGAGGAAUGUGGAAAGAGCUUCAGGAAGAGCUCCCAUCUCACUUCCCAUCAAAGAAUUCAUACAGGGGAGAAGCCAUUUCAGUGCAUGGAAUGUGGAAAGAGCUUCACUGAUAGCUCCUCUCUCACUUCCCAUCGAAGAAUUCAUACAGGGGAGAAACCCUAUCAGUGUGUGGAAUGUGGAAAGAGCUUCACUGAUAGCUCCUCUCUCACUUCCCAUCGAAGAAUUCAUACAGGAGAGAAACCCUAUCAGUGUGUGGAAUGUGGAAAGAGCUUCAGGAAGAGCUCCCAUCUCACUUCGCAUCAAAGAAUUCAUACAGGGGAGAAACCAUUUCAGUGCAUGGAAUGUGGAAAGAGCUUCACUGAUAGCUCCCCUCUCACUUCCCAUCGAAGAAUUCAUACAGGGGAGAAACCCUAUCAGUGUGUGGAAUGUGGAAAUAGCUUCAGUCAGAGCUCGAAACUCACUUCCCAUCAAAGAAUUCAUGCAGGGGAGAAACUCUAUCAGUGCAUGGAAUGUGGAAAGAACUUCAGUCAGAGCUCCCAUCUCACUUCCCAUCAAAGAAUUCAUACAGGGGAGAAACCAUUUCAGUGCAUGGAAUGUGGAAAGAGCUUCACUCAGAGUCCUCUCACUUCCCAUCAAAGAAUUCAUACAGGGGAGAAACCAUUUCAGUGCAUGGAAUGUGGAAAGAGCUUCAGUCAGAGCUGCAAUCUCACUUCCCAUCAGAGAAUUCAUACAGGGGAGAAACCAUAUCAGUGCAUGGAAUGUGGAAAGAGCUUCAGGAAGAGCUGCGAUCUCACUUCCCAUCAAAGAAUUCAUGCAGGGGAGAAACUAUCAAAACUCUAUCAGUGCAUGGAAUGUGGAAAGAGCUUCUGUAAGAGCUCCCAUCUCACUUCCCAUCAGAGAAUUCAUACAGGGGAGAAACCCUAUCAGUGUGUGGAAUGUGGAAAGAGUUUCACUGAUAGCUCCUCUCUCACUAAGCAUCAGAGAAUUCAUACAGGGGAGAAACCAUUUCAGUGCAUGGAAUGUGGAAAGAGCUUCAGUCAGAGCUCCUCUCUCACUUACCAUCAAAGAAUUCAUACUGGGGAGAAACCCUAUCCGUGCAUGGAAUGUGGAAAGAGCUUUAGUCAGAGCUCCUCUCUCACUUCCCAUCAAAGAAUUCAUACAGGGGAGAAACCGUAUCAGUGCGUGGAAUGUGGAAAGAGCUUCACUGAUAGCUCCUCUCUCACUAAGCAUCAGAGAAUUCAUACAGGGGAAAAAUCAUAUUGGUGUGUGGAAUGUGGAAAGAGUUUUAAUCAGAGCUCCCAUGUCAUUUCCCAUCAAAUAAUUCAUACAGGGGAGAAACCCUAUCAGUGUGUGGAAUGUGGAAAGAGCUUCAACUGUAGCUCCCAUCUCACUUCCCAUAAAGGAAUUCAUACAGGGGAGAAACCCUAUCAGUGUGUGGAAUGUGGAAAGAGCUUCAGCUGUAGCUCCCAUCUCAUUUCCCAUCAAAGAAUUCAUACAAGGGAGAAACCCUAUCUCUGUGUGGAAUGUGGAAAAAGCUUCAGUCAUAGCCACAAUCUCACUUCCCAUCAAAGAAUUCAUACAGGGGAGAAAAUAUAUCAUUGUGUGGAAUGUGGAAAGAGCUUCAGCAAGAAUGACAAUCUCACUUCCCAUCAAAGAAUUCAUACAGGGGAGAAACCCUAUCAGUGUGUGGAAUGUGGAAAGAGCUUCAGUCAGAGCUCCCAUCUCACUAGACAUCAGAGAAUUCAUACAGGGGAGAAACCCUAUCAGUGUGUGGAAUGUGGAAAGAGCUUCAGUCAGAGCUCCAAACUCACUUCCCAUCGAAGAAUCCAUACAAAGGAGAAGCCACGUAAAAAUUUGGAGUGUGGAGAAAGCUGCAGUCAGAACUCCCAUUCCACUUCCCAUCAACAAAAUCUCAUUGGAAAGAAACUCUAUCAGUGCAAGGAAUGUGGAAAGAGCUUCACUCAGAGAUCCGCUCUCACUUCCCAUCAAAGAAUUCAUACAGGGGAGAAACCAUAUCAGUGUGUGGAAUGUGGAAAGUGCUUCUGGAAGAGUGGCGAACUCACUUCCCAUCAAAGAAUUCAUACAGGGGAGAAAGCAUAUCAGUGUGUGGAAUGUGGAAAGAGCUUCACUCGGAGCUCCCAUCUCACUAAGCAUCAAAGAAUUCAUACAGGGGAGAAACCCUAUCAAUGCUUCGAAUGUGGAAAGAGCUUCUGGACAAGUGGCGAACUCACUUCCCAUCAAAGAAUUCAUACAGGGGAGAAACCCUAUCAAUGCUUCGAAUGUGGAAUGAACUUCAGUCAGAGCUCCUCUCUCACUUCCCAUCAAAGAAUUCAUACAGGGGACAAACCUUAUCUGUGUGUGGAAUGUGGAAAGAGCUUCAGGAGGAGUAGCGAUCUCAUUUCCCAUCAAAGAAUUCAUACAGGCGACAAACCUUAUCAGUGUGAGGAAUGUGGAAAGAGCUUCAGGAAGAGCUCCAACCUCACUUCCCAUCGAAGAAUUCAUACAGGGGAGAAACCAUAUCAGUGUGUGGAAUGUGGAAAGAGCUUCACUAAUAGCUCCUCUCUCACUAAGCAUCGAAGAAUUCAUACAGGGGAGAAACCAUAUCAGUGUGUGGAAUGUGGAAAGAGCUUCCCUAAUAGCUCCUCUCUCACUUCCCAUCAAAGAAUUCAUAGAGGGGAGAACCCCUAUCAGUCUGUGGAAUGUGGCAAGAGCUUCACUGAUAGGUCCUCUCUCACUAAGCGUCAGAGAAUUCAUACAGGGGAAAAACCAUAUCAGUGUGUGGAAUGUGGAAAGAGCUUCACUGAUAGGUCCUCUCUCACUAAGCAUCAGAGAAUUCAUACAGGGGAAAAACCAUAUUGGUGUGUGGAAUGUGGAAAGAGUUUCAAUCAGAGCUCCCAUGUCAUAUCCCAUCACAGAAUUCAUACAGGGGAGAAACCCUAUCAUUGUGUGGAAUGUGGAAAGAGCUUUAUUCAGAGCUCCUCUCUCACUUCCCAUCAAAGAAUUCAUAGAGGGGAGAAACCCUAUCAGUGUGUGGAAUGUGGAAAGAGGUACUGUCAGCGCUCCAAACUCACUUCCCAUCAAAGAAUCCAUACAAAGAAACUCAAUCAGUGCAAGGAAUGUGGAAAGAGCUUCAAUCAGAGCUCCCAUCUCACUUCCCAUCAAAGAAUUCAUACAGGGGAGAAACCAUAUCAGUGUGUGGAAUGCGGAAAGAGCUUCAAUCAGAGCUCCCAUCUCACUAAGCAUCAAACAAUUCAUACAGGGGAGAAACCCUAUCAAUGUGUGGAAUGUGGAAAGAGCUUCACUAAUAGCUCAUCUCUCAUUUCCCAUCAAAGAAUUCAUACAGGGGAGAAACCCUAUCAGUGUGUGGAAUGUGGAAAGAGCUUCACUGAUAGGUCCUCUCUCACUAAGCAUCACAGAAUUCAUACAGGGGAGAAACCUUAUCAGUGUGUGGAAUGUGGAAAGAGUUUCAAUCAGAGCUCCCAUGCCAUAUCCCAUCACAGAAUUCAUACAGGGGAGAAACCCUAUCAGUGUGUGGAAUGUGGAAAGAGCUUCACUCGGAGCUCCUCUCUCACCUUCCAUCAAAGAAUUCAUACAGGGGAGAAACCCUAUCAGUGUGUGGAAUGUGGAAAGAGCUUCAGGAAGAAGGACAAGCUCACUUUCCAUCAAAGAAUUCAUACAGGGGAGAAACCCUAUCAGUGCGUGGAACGUGGAAAAAGCUUCAGUAAAAAUGUCAAUCUCACUUCCCAUCAAAGAAUUCAUACAGGGGAGAAACCCUAUCAGUGUGUGGAAUGUGGAAAGAGCUUUAUUCAGAGCUCCUCUCUCACUUCCCAUCAAAGAAUUCAUACAGGGGAGAAACCCUAUCAGUGUGUGGAAUGUGGAAAGAGGUACUGUCAGCGCUCCAAACUCACUUCCCAUCAAAGAAUCCAUACAAAGCAGAUUCCCUUUCAGUGCAAGGAAUGUGGAAAGAGCUUCAAUCAGAGCUCCCAUCUCACUUCCCAUCAAAGAAUUCAUACAGGGGAGAAACCAUAUCAGUGUGUGGAAUGUGGAAAGAGCUUCAAUCAGAGCUCCCAUCUCACUAAGCAUCAAACAAUUCAUACAGGGGAGAAACCCUAUCAAUGUGUGGAAUGUGGAAAGAGCUUCACUAAUAGCUCCUCUCUCAUUUCCCAUCAAAGAAUUCAUACAGGGGAGAAACCCUAUCAGUGUGUGGAAUGUGGAAAGAGCUUCACUGAUAGGUCCUCUCUCACUAAGCAUCACAGAAUUCAUACAGGGGAGAAACCUUAUCAGUGUGCGGAAUGUGGAAAGAGUUUCAAUCAGAGCUCCCAUGUCAUAUCCCAUCACAGAAUUCAUACAGGGGAGAAACCCUAUCAGUGUGUGGAAUGUGGAAAGAGCUUCACUCGGAGCUCCUCUCUCACCUUCCAUCAAAGAAUUCAUACAGGGGAGAAACCCUAUCAGUGUGUGGAAUGUGGAAAGAGCUUCAGGAAGAAGGACAAGCUCACUUUCCAUCAAAGAAUUCAUACAGGGGAGAAACCCUAUCAGUGCGUGGCACGUGGAAAAAGCUUCAGUAAAAAUGUCAAUCUCACUUCCCAUCAAAGAAUUCAUACAGGGGAGAAACCCUAUCAGUGUGUGGAAUGUGGAAAGAGAUUUAUUCAGAGCUCCUCUCUCACUUCCCAUCAAAUAAUUCAUAGAGGGGAGAAACCCUAUCAGUGUGUGGAAUGUGGAAAGAGCUUCAAUCAGAACUCCCAUCUCACUUCCCAUCAAAGAAUUCAUACAGGGGAGAAACCAUAUCAGUGUGUGGAAUGUGGCAAGAGCUUCACUCAGAGAUCCGCUCUCACUUCCCAUGAAAGAAUUCAUACAGGGAAGAAACCCUAUCAGUGUGUGGAAUGUGGAAAGAGCUUCACUCAGAGCUCCGCUCUCACUAAGCAUCAAAGAAUUCAUACAGGAGAGAAACCAUAUCAGUGUUUGGAAUGUGGAAAGAGGUUCACUGAUAGCUCCCAUCUCAUUAAGCAUCAAAGAAUUCAUACAGGGGAGAAACGCUAUCAGUGUGUGGAAUGUGGAAAGAGCUUCUGGACAAGUAGCGAACUCACUUCCCAUCAAAGAAUUCAUACAGGGGAGAAACCCUAUCAAUGCUUCGAAUGUGGAAUGAACUUCAGUCAGAGCUCCUCUCUGACUUCCCAUCAUAGAAUUCAUACAGGGGACAAACCUUAUCUGUGUGUGGAAUGUGGAAAGAGCUUCAGGAGGAGUAGCGAUCUCAUUUCCCAUCAAAGAAUUCAUACAGGCGACAAACCUUAUCAGUGUGUGGAAUGUGGAAAGAGCUUCAGGAAGAGUUCCCACCUCACUUCCCAUCAAAUAAUUCAUACAGGGGAGAAACCAUAUCAGUGUGUGGAAUGUGGAAAGAGGUUCACUGGUAGCUCCCAUCUCACUAAGCAUCAAAGAAUUCAUACAGGGGAGAAACCCUACCAGUGUAUGGAAUGUGGAAAGAGUUUCAUUCACAGCUCCUCUCUCAUUAAGCAUCAGAGAAUUCAUACAGGGGAGAAACCCUAUCAGUGUGUGGAAUGUGGAAAGAGCUUCAGUCAGAGCUCCAAUCUCACUAAGCAUCAGAGAAUUCAUACAGGGGAGAAACCCUAUCAGUGUGUGGAAUGUGGAAAGAGCUUCAGUAAUAGCUCCUCUCUCACUUCCCAUCAAAGAAUUCAUAGAGGGGAUGACCCCUAUCAGUGUGUGGAAUGUGGAAAGAGCUUCAUUCAGAGCUCCUCUCUCACUUCCCAUCAAAGAAUUCAUACAGGGGAGAAACCAUAUCAGUGUGUGGAAUGUGGAAAGAACUUCAUUCAGAGCUCCUCUCUCACUUCCCAUCAAAGAAUUCAUACAGGAGAGAAACCAUAUCAGUGUGUGGAAUGUGGAAAGAGCUUCAGGAUGAAGCACAGUCUCACUUCCCAUCAAAGAAUUCAUACAGGGGAGAAACCGUAUCAGUGUGUGGAAUGUGGAAAGAGCUUCAAUCAGAGCUCCUCUCUCACUUCCCAUCAAAGAAUUCAUACAGGAGAGAAACCAUAUCAGUGUGUGGAAUGUGGAAAGAGCUUCAGGAAGAGUAGCAAUCUCACUUCUCAUCAAAGAAUCCAUACAAAGAUCAUUCAUACAGGGGAGAAACCCUAUCAGUGUUUCGAAUGUGGAAAGAGCUUCAGUUACAGCUCCCAUUUCACUUCCCAUCAGAGAAUUCAUACAGGAGAGAAACCAUAUCAGUGUGUGGAAUGUGGAAAGAGCUUCAGUCAGAACUCCAAACUCACUUCCCAUCUAAGAAUUCAUACAGGGGAGAAACCCUAUCAGUGUGUGGAAUGUGGAAAGAGCUUCACUGAGAGGUCCUCUCUCUCUUACCAUCAAAGAAUUCAUACAGGUGAGAAGCCAUAUCAGUGUGUGGAAUGUGGAAAGAGCUUCAGGAAGAGUGGCGAUCUCACUUCCCAUCAAAGAAUUCAUACAGGGGAGAAACCCUAUCAAUGCUUCGAAUGUGGAAAGAGCUUUUGUCACAGCAACCAUCUCACUUACCAUCAGAGAAUUCAUACAGGGGAGAAACCUUAUCAGUGUGUGGAAUGUGGAAAGAGCUUCAUUCAGAGCUCCUCUCUCACUUCCCAUCAGAUCAUUCAUACAGGGGAGAAACCCUAUCAGUGUUUGGAAUGUGGAAAGAGCUUCAGUUACAGCUCCCAUUUCACUUCCCAUCAGAGAAUUCAUACAGGGGAGAAACCAUAUCAGUGUGUGGAAUGUGGAAAGAGCUUCAAUCAGAGCUCCUCUCUCACUUACCAUCAAAGAAUUCAUACAGGUGAGAAACCAUAUCAGUGUUACAUGGAAUGUGGAAAGAGCUUUAGUCACAGCCACAGUCUCACUUUCCAUCAAAUAAUUCAUACAGGGGAGAAACCCUAUCAGUGCUUUGAAUGUGGAAAGAGCUUCACUCAGAGCUGCAGUCUCACUUCCCAUCAGAGAAUUCAUACAGGGGAGAAACCCUACCAGUGCGUGAAAUGUGGAAAAAGCUUCAGGAAGAGUUCCGAUCUCACUUCCUAUCAAAGAAUUCAUACAGGGGAGAAACCAUAUCAGUGUGUGGAAUGUGGAAAGAGGUUCAGUAUGAGCUCCAGUCUCACUAAGCAUCAGAGAAUUCAUACAGGGGAGAAACCAUAUCAGUGUGUGGAAUGUGGAAAGAGGUUCAGUACGAGCUCCAGUCUCACUAAGCAUCAGAGAAUUCAUACAGGGGAGAAACCAUAUCAGUGUGUGGAAUGUGGAAAGAGGUUCAGUAUGAGCUCCAGUCUCACUAAGCAUCAGAAAAUUCAUACAGGGGAGAAACCCUAUCAGUACAUGGAAUGUGGAAAGAGCUUUAGUCACAGCCACAGUCUCACUUUCCAUCAAAGAAUUCAUACAGGGGAGAAACCCUAUCAGUGCUUUGAAUGUGGAAAGAGCUUCACUCAGAGCUGCAGUCUCACUUCCCAUCAGAGAAUUCAUACAGGGGAGAAACCCUACCAGUGCGUGAAAUGUGGAAAAAGCUUCAGGAAGAGUUCCGAUCUCACUUCCUAUCAAAGAAUUCAUACAGGGGAGAAACCAUAUCAGUGUGUGGAAUGUGGAAAGAGGUUCAGUAUGAGCUCCAGUCUCACUAAGCAUCAGAGAAUUCAUACAGGGGAGAAACCAUAUCAGUGUGUGGAAUGUGGAAAGAGGUUCAGUACGAGCUCCAGUCUCACUAAGCAUCAGAGAAUUCAUACAGGGGAGAAACCAUAUCAGUGUGUGGAAUGUGGAAAGAGGUUCAGUAUGAGCUCCAGUCUCACUAAGCAUCAGAAAAUUCAUACAGGGGAGAAACCCUAUCAGUACAUGGAAUGUGGAAAGAGCUUUAGUCACAGCCACAGUCUCACUUUCCAUCAAAGAAUUUAUACAGGGGAGAAACCCCAUCAGUGCUUUGAAUGUGGAAAGAGCUUCACUCAGAGCUGCAGUCUCACUUCCCAUCAGAGAAUUCAUACAGGGGAGAAACCCUACCAGUGCGUGAAAUGUGGAAAAAGCUUCAGGAAGAGUUCCGAUCUCACUUCCCAUCAAAGAAUUCAUACAGGGGAGAAACCAUAUCAGUGUGUGGAAUGUGGAAAGAGGUUCAGUAUGAGCUCCAGUCUCACUAAGCAUCAGAGAAUUCAUACAGGGGAGAAACCAUAUCAGUGUGUGGAAUGUGGAAAGAGGUUCAGUACGAGCUCCAGUCUCACUAAGCAUCAGAGAAUUCAUACAGGGGAGAAACCAUAUCAGUGUGUGGAAUGUGGAAAGAGGUUCAGUAUGAGCUCCAGUCUCACUAAGCAUCAGAAAAUUCAUACAGGGGAGAAACCCUAUCAGUGUGUGGAAUGUGGAAAGAGCUUCAGUCAGAGCUCCAGUCUCACUAAGCAUCAGAGAAUUCAUACAGGGGAGAAACCCUAUGAGUGUGUGGAAUGUGGGAAGAGCUUCAGUCAGAGCGCCAAUCUCACUUCCCAUCAAAGAAUUCAUACAGGGGAGAAACCCUAUCAAUGCGUGGAAUGUGGAAAAAGCUUCAGGAAGAAAGGCAGUCUCACGUCCCAUCAGAGAAUUCAUACAGGGGAGAAACCGUAACAGUGUGUGGAAUGUGGAAAGAGAUUCAGUCAGAGCUCCAAAUUAACUUCCCAUAAAAGAAUCCAUACAAAGAAACUCUAUCAGUGCAUGGAAUGUGGAAAGAGCUUCAGUCAGAGUUCCAGUCUCACUUUCCAUCAAAGAAUUCAUACAGGGGAGAAACCCUAUCAGUGUGUGGAAUGUGGAAAGAGCUUCAGUCAGAGUUCCAGUCUCACUAACCAUCAGAGAAUUCAUACAGGGGAGAAACCCUAUCAGUGUGUGGAAUGUGGAAAGAGCUUUAGUCACAGCCACCAUCUCACUUACCAUCAAAGAAUUCAUACGGGGGAGAAACCCUAUCAGUGUGUGAAAUGUGGAAAGAGCUUCAGUCGGAGCUCCUCUCUCACUUCCCAUCAGAGAAUUCAUACAGGGGAGAAACCUUAUCAGUGUGUGGAAUGUGGAAAGAGCUUUAGUCACAGCCAGAGUCUCAGUUCCCAUCAGAGAAUUCAUACAGGGGAGAAACCAUAUCAGUGUGUGGAAUGUGGAAAGAGCUUCAGUCAGAGCUCCAAACUCACUUCACAUCAAAGAAUUCAUACAGGAGAGAAACCCUAUCAGUGUGUGGAAUGUGGAAAGAGCUUCACUGAUGGCUCCUCCCUCACUUCCCAUCAAAGAAUUCAUACAGGGGAGAAACCCUAUCAGUGCGUGGAAUGUGGAAAGAGCUUCAGCCUGAGCUCCUCUCUCACUUCCCAUCAGAAAAUUCAUAAAGGAGAGAAACCCUAUCAGUGUUUUGAAUGUGGAAAGAGCUUCAUUCGGAGCUCCUAUCUCACUUCCCAUCAAAGAAUUCAUACAGGAGAGAAACCCUAUCAGUGUGUAGAAUGUGGAAAGAGCUUCAGUCACAGCCACAGUCUACGUUACCAUCAGAGGAUUCAUACAGGAGAGAAACCAUAUCAGUGUGUGGAAUGUGGAAAGAGCUUCAGUGAGAACUCCAAACUCACUUCCCAUCAAAGAAUUCAUACAGGAGAGAAACCCUAUCAGUGCAUGGAAUGUGGAAAGAGCUUCAGUCAGAACUCCAAACUCACUUCCCAUCAAAGAAUUCAUACAGGAGAGAAACCCUAUCAGUGCAUGGAAUGUGGAAAGAGCUUCAGUCAGAGUUCCAGUCUCACUUCCCAUCAAAGAACUCAUACAGGGGAGAAACCCUAUCAGUGUGUGGAAUGUGGAAAGAGCUUCAGUCAGAGCUCCCAACUCACUUCCCAUCAAAGAAUUCAUACAGGAGAGAAACCCUAUCAGUGUGUGGAAUGUGGAAAGAGCUUCAAUACGAGCUCCUAUCUCACUUUCCAUCAAAGAAUUCAUACAGGGGAGAAACCCUAUCAGUGUGUGGAAUGUGGAAAGAGCUUCAAUACGAGCUCCUAUCUCACUUUCCAUCAAAGAAUUCAUACAGGAGAGAAACCAUAUCAGUGUGUGGAAUGUGGAAAGAGCUUCAUUCAGAGCUCCUCUCUCACUUCCCAUAAAAGAAUUCAUACAGGAGAGAAACCCUAUCAGUGUGUAGAAUGUGGAAAGAGCUUCAGUCACAGCCACAGUCUAAGUUACCAUCAGAGAAUUCAUACAGGGGAGAAACAUUAACAGUGGGAAUGUGGAAUGAUAGCUGAUAGCUCCUCUCUCACUUCCCAUCAAAGAAUCCAUACAAAGGAGAAGCCACGUAAAAAUUUGGAGUGUGGAGAAAGCUGCAGUCAGAGCUCCCAUUCCACUUCCCAUCAACAACAUCUCAUUGGAAAGAAACUCUAUCAGUGCAUGGAAUGUGGAAAGAGCUUCAGUCAGAGCUCCAAUCUCACUUCCCACCAGAGAAUUCAUACAGGGGAGAAACCCUAUCAGUGCAUGGAAUGUGGAAAGAGCUUCACUCAGAGAUCCGCUCUCACUUCCCAUGAAAGAAUUCAUACAGGGGAGAAACCCUAUCAGUGUGUGGAAUGUGGAAAUAGCUUCACUCGGAGCUUCGCUCUCACUAGGCAUCAAAGAAUUCAUACAGGGGAGAAACCAUAUCAGUGUGUGGAAUGUGGAAAGAAGUUCAUUGAUAGCUCCCAUCUCAUUAAGCAUCAAAGAAUUCAUACAGGGGAGAAACGCUAUCAGUGUGUGGAAUGUGGAAAGAGCUUCUGGACGAGUAGCGAACUCACUUCCCAUCAAAGAAUUCAUACAGGGGAGAAACCCUAUCAAUGCUUCGAAUGUGGAAUGAACUUCAGUCAGGGCUCCUCUCUCACUUCCCAUCAUAGAAUUCAUACAGGGGACAAACCUUAUCUGUGUGUGGAAUGUGGAAAGAGCUUCAGGAGCAGUAGCGAUCUCAUUUCCCAUCAAAGAAUUCAUACAGGGGAGAAACCAUAUCAGUGUGUGGAAUGUGGAAAGAGCUUCAGGAAGAGUUCCCACCUCACUUCCCAUCAAAGAAUUCAUACAGGGGAGAAACCAUAUCAGUGUGUGGAAUGUGGAAAGAGGUUCACUUGUAGCUCCCAUCUCACUAAGCAUCAAAGAAUUCAUACAGGGGAGAAACCCUAUCAGUGUAUGGAAUGUGGAAAGAGUUUCAUUCACAGCUCCUCUCUCACUAAGCAUCAGAGAAUUCAUACAGGUGAGAAACCCUAUCAGUGUGUGGAAUGUGGAAAGAGCUUCAGUCAGAGCUCCAAUCUCACUAAGCAUCAGAGAAUUCAUACAGGGGAGAAACCGUAUCAGUGUGUGGAAUGUGGAAAGAGCUUCACUAAUAGCUCCUCUCUCACUUCCCAUAAAAGAAUUCAUACAGGGGAUGACCCCUAUCAGUGUGUGGAAUGUGGAAAGAGCUUCACUAAUAGCUCCUCUCUCACUUCCCAUCAAAGAAUUCAUACAGGGGAGAAACCAUAUCAGUGUGUGGAAUGUGGAAAGAGCUUCAGGAUGAAGCACAGUCUCACUUCCCAUCAAAGAAUUCAUACAGGGGAGAAACCAUAUCAGUGUGUGGAAUGUGGAAAGAGCUUCAUUCAGAGCUCCUCUCUCACUUCCCAUCAAAGAAUUCAUACAGGGGAGAAACCCUAUCAGUGUGUGGAAUGUGGAAAGAGCUUCAGGAAGAGUAGCAAUCUCACUUCUCAUCAAAGAAUCCAUACAAAGGGAAAACCAUAUCAGUAUAUGGAAUGUGGAAAGAGCUUUAGUCACAGCCACAGUCUCACUUUCCAUCAAAUAAUUCAUACAGGGGAGAAACCCUAUCAGUGCUUGGAAUGUGGAAAGAGCUUCACUCAGAGCUGUAGUCUCACUUCCCAUCAGAGAAUUCAUACAGGGGAGAAACCCUACCAGUGCGUGAAAUGUGGAAAAAGCUUCAGGAAGAGUUCCGAUCUCACUUCCCAUCAAAGAAUUCAUACAGGGGAGAAACCAUAUCAGUGUGUGGAAUGUGGAAAGAGGUUCAGUACGAGCUCCAGUCUCACUAAGCAUCAGAGAAUUCAUACAGGAGAGAAACCAUAUCAGUGUGUGGAAUGUGGAAAGAGGUUCAGUACGAGCUCCAGUCUCACUAAGCAUCAGAGAAUUCAUACAGGGGAGAAACCAUAUCAGUGUGUGGAAUGUGGAAAGAGGUUCAGUAUGAGCUCCAGUCUCACUAAGCAUCAGAAAAUUCAUACAGGGGAGAAACCCUAUCAGUACAUGGAAUGUGGAAAGAGCUUUAGUCACAGCCACAGUCUCACUUUCCAUCAAAGAAUUCAUACAGGGGAGAAACCCUAUCAGUGCUUUGAAUGUGGAAAGAGCUUCACUCAGAGCGACAGUCUCACUUCCCAUCAGAGAAUUCAUACAGGGGAGACCUACCAGUGCGUGAAAUGUGGAAAAAGCUUCAGGAAGAGUUCCGAUCUCACUUCCCAUCAAAGAAUUCAUACAGGGGAGAAACCAUAUCAGUGUGUGGAAUGUGGAAAGAGCUUCAGUAUGAGCUCCAGUCUCACUAAGCAUCAGAGAAUUCAUACAGGGGAGAAACCAUAUCAGUGUGUGGAAUGUGGAAAGAGGUUCAGUACGAGCUCCAGUCUCACUAAGCAUCAGAGAAUUCAUACAGGGGAGAAACCCUAUUAGUGUGUGGAAUGUGGAAAGAGGUUCAGUACGAGCUCCAGUCUCACUAAGCAUCAGAGAAUUCAUACAGGGGAGAAACCCUAUCAGUGUGUGGAAUGUGGGAAGAGCUUCAGUCAGAGCGCCAAUCUCACUUCCCAUCAAAGAAUUCAUACAGGGGAGAAACCCUAUCAAUGCUGCAUGGAAUGUGGAAAGAGCUACAGUCAGAGUUCCAGUCUCACUUUCCAUCAAAGAAUUCAUACAGGGGAGAAACCCUAUCAGUGUGUGGAAUGUGGAAAGAGCUUCAGUCAGAGUUCCAGUCUCACUAACCAUCAGAGAAUUCAUACAGGGGAGAAACCCUAUCAGUGUGUGGAAUGUGGAAAGAGCUUUAGUCACAGCCACCAUCUCACUUACCAUCAAAGAAUUCAUACGGGGGAGAAACCCUAUCAGUGUGUGAAAUGUGGAAAGAGCUUCAGUCGGAGCUCCUCUCUCACUUCCCAUCAGAGAAUUCAUACAGGGGAGAAACCUUAUCAGUGUGUGGAAUGUGGAAAGAGCUUUAGUCACAGCCAGAGUCUCAGUUCCCAUCAGAGAAUUCAUACAGGGGAGAAACCAUAUCAGUGUGUGGAAUGUGGAAAGAGCUUCAGUCAGAGCUCCAAACUCACUUCACAUCAAAGAAUUCAUACAGGAGAGAAACCCUAUCAGUGUGUGGAAUGUGGAAAGAGCUUCACUGAUGGCUCCUCCCUCACUUCCCAUCAAAGAAUUCAUAAAGGGGAGAAACCCUAUCAGUGCGUGGAAUGUGGAAAGAGCUUCAGCCUGAGCUCCUCUCUCACUUCCCAUCAGAAAAUUCAUAAAGGAGAGAAACCCUAUCAGUGUUUUGAAUGUGGAAAGAGCUUCAUUCGGAGCUCCUCUCUCACUUCCCAUCAAAGAAUUCAUACAGGAGAGAAACCCUAUCAGUGUGUGGAAUGUGGAAAGAGCUUCAGUCACAGCCACAGUCUAAGUUACCAUCAGAGAAUUCAUACAGGAGAGAAACCAUAUCAGUGUGUGGAAUGUGGAAAGAGCUUCAGUCAGAACUCCAAACUCACUUCCCAUCAAAGAAUUCAUACAGGGGAGAAACCCUAUCAGUGUGUGGAAUGUGGAAAGAGCUUCAGUCAGAGCUCCCAACUCACUUCCCAUCAAAGAAUUCAUACAGGAGAGAAACCCUAUCAGUGUGUGGAAUGUGGAAAGAGCUUCAAUACGAGCUCCUAUCUCACUUUCCAUCAAAGAAUUCAUACAGGGGAGAAACCCUAUCAGUGUGUGGAAUGUGGAAAGAGCUUCAAUACGAGCUCCUAUCUCACUUUCCAUCAAAGAAUUCAUACAGGGGAGAAACCAUAUCAGUGUGUGGAAUGUGGAAAGAGCUUCAUUCAGAGCUCCUCUCUCACUUCCCAUAAAAGAAUUCAUACAGGAGAGAAACCCUAUCAGUGUGUAGAAUGUGGAAAGAGCUUCAGUCACAGCCACAGUCUAAGUUACCAUCAGAGAAUUCAUACAGGGGAGAAACCAUAUCAGUGCUUUGAAUGUGGAAAGAGCUUCACUGAGAGGUCCUCUCUCACUUCUCAUCAAAGAAUUCAUACAGGGGAGAAACCAUAUCAGUGUUGCAUGGAAUGUGGAAAGAGCUUCAGUCAGAGCUCCAAUCUCACUUCCCACCAGAGAAUUCAUACAGGCGAGAAACCAUAUCAGUGCAUGGAAUGUGGAAAGAGCUUCAGUCAGAGCUCCAAUCUCACUUCCCAUCAAAGAAUUCAUACAGGGGAGAAAACAUAUCAGUGUGUGGAAUGUGGAAAGAGCUUCAGGAGGAAGGACAGUCUCACUUCCCAUCAAAGAAUUCAUACAGGGGAGAAACCAUAUCAGUGCAUGGAAUGUGGAAAGAGCUUCAGUCAGAGCUCCAAUCUCACUUCCCAUCAAAGAAUUCAUACAGGGGAGAAAACAUAUCAGUGUGUGGAAUGUGGAAAGAGCUUCAGUAAGAGCUCCAAUCUCACUUCCCAUCAAAGAAUUCAUACGGGGGAGAAACCCUAUCAGUGCUUUGAAUGUGGAAAGAGCUUCACUGAUGGCUCCUCUCUCACUUCCCAUCAAAGAAUUCAUACAGGGGAGAAACCAUAUGAGUGCUUUGAAUGUGGAAAGAGCUUCAGGAAGAAGGACAGUCUCACUUCCCAUCAAAGAAUUCAUACAGGGGAGAAACCCUAUCAGUGUGUGUCAUGUGGAAAGAGAUUCAGGACGAGUAGCGAACUCACUUUCCAUCAAAGAAUUCAUACGGGGGAGAAACCCUAUCAGUGUGUGGAAUGUGGAAAGAGCUUCAAUACGAGCUCCUCUCUCACUAAGCAUCAGAGAAUUCAUACAGGGGAGAAACCCUAUCAGUGUGUAGAAUGUGGAAAGAGCUUCAAUACGAGCUCCUCUCUCACUAAGCAUCAGAGAAUUCAUACAGGGGAGAAACCCUAUAAGUGUUUGGAAUGUGGAAAGAGCUUCAGUCACAUCUCCCAACUCACUUCCCAUCAAAGAAUUCAUACAGGAGAGAAACCCUAUCAGUGUGUGGAAUGUGGAAAGAGCUUCACUGAUGGCUCCUCCCUCACUUCCCAUCAAAGAAUUCAUACAGGGGAGAAACCCUAUCAGUGUUUGGAAUGUGGAAAGAACUUCAGUUGGAGGUGCUCUCUCACUAAGCACCAGAGAAUUCAUACAGGGGAGAAACCAUAUCAGUGUGUGGAAUGUGGAAAGAGCUUCAGGAAGAAGGACAGUCUCACUUCCCAUCAAAUAUUUCAUACAGGGGAGAAACCAUAUCAGUGUGUGGAAUGUGGAAAGAACUUUAGUCAGAGGUGCUCUCUCACUAAGCACCAGAGAAUUCAUACAGGGGAGAAACCAUAUCAGUGUGUGGAAUGUGGAAAGAGCUUCAGGAAGAAGGACAGUCUCACUUCCCAUCAAAGAAUUCAUACAGGGGAGAAACCAUAUCAGUGUGUGGAAUGUGGAAAGAGCUUCAGGAAGAAGGACAGUCUCACGUCCCAUCAAAGAAUUCAUACAGGGGAGAAACCAUAUCAGUGUGUGGAAUGUGGAAAGAGCUUCAGGAAGAAGGACAGUCUCACUUCCCAUCAAAGAAUUCAUACAGGGGAGAAACCAUAUCAGUGUGUGGAAUGUGGAAAGAGCUUCAGGAAGAAUGGCAAUCUCACUUCCCAUCAAAGAAUCCAUACAAACUCCCAAAAUCUCAUUGGAAAGAAACUCUAUCAGUGUGUGGAAUGUGGAAAGAGCUUCACUCGGAGCUCCUCUCUCACUUCCCAUCAGAGAAUUCAUACAGGAGAGAAACCCUAUCAGUGUGUGGAGUGUGGAAAGAGCUUCAGUCACAGCUCCUCUCUCAUUAAGCAUCAAAGAAUUCAUACAGGGGAGAAACCAUAUCAGUGCGUGGAAUGUGGAAAGAGCUUCAGUCAGAGCUCCAAACUCACUUACCAUCAAAGAAUUCAUACAGGGGAGAAACCAUAUCAGUGCAUGGAAUGUGGAAAGAGCUUCAGUCAGAGCUCCAAUCUCACUUCCCAUCAAAGAAUUCAUACAGGGGAGAAAACAUAUCAGUGUGUGGAAUGUGGAAAGAGCUUCAGUAAGAGCUACAACCUCACUUCCCAUCAAAGAAUUCAUACAGGAGAGAAACCCUAUCAGUGUAUGGAAUGUGGAAAGAGCUUCAUUCACAGCUCCUCUCUCAUUAUGCAUCAAAGAAUUCAUACAGGGGAGAAACCAUAUCAGUGCGUGGAAUGUGGAAAGAGCUUCACUCAGAGCUCCUCUCUCACUACCCAUCAAAGAAUUCAUACAGGGGAGAAACCAUAUCAGUGCUUUGAAUGUGGAAAGAGCUUCACUGAGAGGUCCUCUCUCACUUCUCAUCAAAGAAUUCAUACAGGGGAGAAACCAUAUCAGUGUGUGGAAUGUGGAAAGAGCUUUAGUCGUAGCUCCUCUCUCACUUCCCAUCAGAGAAUUCAUACGGGGGAGAAACCCUAUUAGUGUGUGGAAUGUGGAAAAAGCUUCAGUUGGAGCUCCUCUCUCACUUCCCAUCAAAGAAUCCAUACAAAGGUUAAACUCUAUCAGUGCAUGGAAUGUGGAAAGAGCUUCAGUCAGAGCUCCAAUCUCACUUCCCACCAGAGAAUUCAUACAGGGGAGAAACCAUAUCAGUGCGUGGAAUGUGGAAAGAGCUUCAGUCACAGACACAAUCUCACUUCCCAUAAGAGAAUUCAUACAGGGGAGAAACCCUAUCAUUGUGUGGAAUGUGGAAAGAGCUUCAGUCAGAGCUUCAAACUCACUUACCAUCAAAGAAUUCAUACAGGACAGAAACCCUAUCAGUGUGUGGAAUGUGGAAAGAGCUUCAAUACGAGCUCCUAUCUCACUUUCCAUCAAAGAAUUCAUACAGGGGAGAAACCCUAUCAGUGUGUGGAAUGUGGAAAGAGUUUCACUGAUAGCUCCUCUCUCACUAAGCAUCAAAGAAUUCAUACAGGGGAGAAUCCCUAUCAGUGUGUGGAAUGUGGAAAGAGUUUCAAUGAUAGCUCCUCUCUCACUAAGCAUCAAAGAAUUCAUACAGGGGAGAAACCCUAUAAGUGUGUGGAAUGUGGAAAGAGCUUCAGUCAGAGCUCCAAUCUCACUUCCCACCAGAGAAUUCACACAGAGGAAAAACCAUAUCAGUGUGUGGAAUGUGGAAAGAGCUUCACUCGGAGCUCAAAUCUCACUUCCCAUCAAAGAAUUCAUACAGGGGAGAAACCAUAUCAGUGUGUGUCAUGUGGAAAGAGCUUCAGUCAGAGCGCCCAUCUCACUUUCCAUAAAAGAAUUCAUACAGGGGAGAAACCAUAUCAGUGUGUGUCAUGUGGAAAGAGCUUCAGUCAGAGCGCCCAUCUCACUUCCCAUCAAAGAAUUCAUACAGGGGAGAAACCCUAUCAUUGUGUGGAAUGUGGAAAGAGCUUCAGUCAGAGCUCCAAACUCACUUCCCAUCAAAGAAUUCAUACAGGAGAGAAACCCUAUCAGUGUGUGGAAUGUGGAAAGAGCUUCAAUACUAGCUCCCAUCUCACUUCCCAUCAAAGAAUUCACACAGGGGAGAAACCCUAUCAGUGUGUGGAAUGUGGAAACAGUUUCAAUGAUAGCUCCUCUCUCACUAAGCAUCAAAGAAUUCAUACAGGGGAGAAACCCUAUCAGUGUGUGGAAUGUGGAAAAAGCUUCACUUGGAGCUCCUCUCUCUUUAAGCAUCAAAGAAUUCAUACAGGGGAGAAACCCUAUCAGUGUGUGGAAUGUGGAAAGUGCUUUAGUCAGAGCUCCUCUCUCACUUCCCAUCAGAGAAUUCAUACAGGGGAGAAACCCUAUCAGUGUGUGGAAUGUGGAAAGAGCUUCAAUAGGACCUCCAAUCUAACUUCCCAUCAAAGAAUUCAUACAGGGGAGAAACCAUAUCAGUGCGACGGAAAGAGCUGCAGUCACAGACACAAUCUCACUUCCCAUCAAAUAAUUCAUACAGGGGAGAAACCCUAUCAGUGGGAAUGUGGAAAGAUCGCUGAUAGCUCCUCUCUCACCUCCCAUCAAAGAAUCCAUACAAAGGAUAAAAACUAUAAGUGCAUGGAAUGUGGAAAGAGUUUCAAGAAGAAGGACAGUCUCACUUCCCAUCAAAGAAUUCAUACAGGGGAGAAACCAUAUUAGUGCUUCGAAUGUGGAAAGAUCUUUAGUCGCAAGAGCUUCAAUCAGAGCUCCUCUCUCACUAAGCAUCAAAGAAUUCAUACAGGGGAGAAACCCUAUCAGUGCUUUCAAUGUGGAAAGAGCUUCAGUGAGAGCUGCAAACUCACUUCCCAUCAAAUAAUUCAUACAGGGGAGAAACGCUAUGAGUGCUUCGAAUGUGGAAAGAGCUUCAGUCACAGCCAGAGUCUCACAUCCCAUCAAAUAAUUCAUACAGGGGAGAAACCCUAUCAGUGUGUGGAAUGUGGAAAGAGCUUCAGACAGAGCUCCUCUCUCACUUCCCACCAGAGAAUUCACACAGGGGAGAAACCCUAUCAGUGUGUGGAAUGUGGAAAGAGCUUCAUUCAGAGCUCCAAUCUCACUUCCCAUCAGAGAAUUCAUACAGGGGAAAAACCCUAUCAGUGCUUUGAAUGUGGAAAGAGCUUCAUUCUGAGCUCCAAACUCACUUCCCAUCAGAGAAUUCAUACAGGGGAGAAACCCUAUCAGUGUGUGGAAUGUGGAAAGAGCUUCAGUGACAGCUCCUCUCUCACUUCCCAUCAGAGAAUUCAUACAGGGGAGAAACCAUAUCAGUGUGUGGAAUGUGGAAAGAGCUUCAGACACAGCUCCUCUCUCACUUCCCAUCAGAGAAUUCAUACAGGGGAGAAACCAUAUCAGUGUGUGGAAUGUGGAAAGAACUUCAGUCACAGCUCCUCUCUCACUUUCCAUCAAAGAAUUCAUACAGGGGAGAAACCCUAUCAGUGUAUGGAAUGUGGAAAGAGCUUCAGUCAUAGCUCCUCUCUCACUUUCCAUCAAAGAAUUCAUACAGGAGAGAAACCCUAUCAGUGUGUGGAAUGUGGAAAGAGCUACAGUGCCAGCUCCAAACUCACUUCCCAUCAAAGAAUUCAUACAGGGGAGAAACCCUAUCAGUGUGUGGAAUGUGGAAAGAGCUUUAGUCGCAGGAACAGUCUCACUUCCCAUCAGAGAAUUCAUUCAGGGGAGAAACCCUAUCAGUGUAUGGAAUGUGGAAAGAGCUUCAGUCACAGCUCCUCUCUCACUUCCCAUCAGAGAAUUCAUACAGGGGAGAAACCCUAUCAGUGUGUGGAAUGUGGAAAGAGCUUCAGUCAGAGCUCCAAACUCACUUUCCAUCAAAGAAUUCAUACAGGGGAGAAACCCUAUCAGUGUAUGGAAUGUGGAAAGAGCUUCAGUCAUAGCUCCUCUCUCACUUUCCAUCAAAGAAUUCAUACAGGAGAGAAACCCUAUCAGUGUGUGGAAUGUGGAAAGAGCUACAGUGACAGCUCCAAACUCACUUCCCAUCAAAGAAUUCAUACAGGGGAGAAACCCUAUCAGUGUGUGGAAUGUGGAAAGAGCUUUAGUCGCAGGAACAGUCUCACUUCCCAUCAGAGAAUUCAUUCUGGGGAGAAACCCUAUCAGUUUGUGCAAUGUGGAAAGAGCUUCAAUAGGACCUCCAAUCUAACUUCCCAUCAAAGAAUUCAUUCAGGGGAGAAACCCUAUCAGUGCUUCGAAUGUGGAAAGAGCUUCAGUCACAGCCAGAGUCUCAUAUCCCAUCAAAUAAUUCAUACAGGGGAGAAACCCUAUCAGUGUGUGGAAUGUGGAAAGAGCUUCAGUCAGAGUGCCCAUCUCACUUUCCAUAAAAGAAUUCAUACAGGGGAGAAACCCUAUAAGUGUGUGGAAUGUGGAAAGAGCUUCAGUCAGAGCGCCCAUCUCACUUUCCAUAAAAGAAUUCAUACAGGGGAGAAACCCUAUCAGUGUGUGGAAUGUGGAAAGAGCUGCAGUCAGAGCGCCCAUCUCACUUUCCAUAAAAGAAUUCAUACAGGGGAGAAACCCUAUAAGUGUGUGGAAUGUGGAAAGAGUUUCACUGAUAGCUCCUCUCUCACUCAGCACCAGAGAAUUCAUACAGGGGAGAAACCCUAUCAGCGCUUUGAAUGUGGAAAGAGCUUCAGUCAGAGCCACAGUCUCACUUCCCAUCGAAGAAUUCAUACAGGGGAGAAACCCUAUCAGUGCUUUGAAUGUGGAAAGAGCUUCAAGAGCUUCAAUCAGAGCUCCUCUCUCACUAAGCAUCAAAGAAUUCAUACAGGGGAGAAACAAUAUCAGUGUGUGGAAUGUGGAAAGAGCUUCAGUAGGACCUCCAAUCUAACUUCCCAUCAAAGAAUUCAUACAGGGGAGAAACCCUAUCAGUGCUUUCAAUGUGGAAAGAGCUUCAGUGAGAGCUGCAAACUCACUUCCCAUCAAAGAAUUCAUACAGGGGAGAAACCCUAUCAGUGUGUGGAAUGUGGAAAGAGCUUCAGACACAGCUCCUCUCUCACUUUCCAUCGUAGAAUUCAUACAGGGGAAAAACCCUAUCAGUGCUUUGAAUGUGGAAAGAGCUUCAUUCAGAGCUCCAAACUCACUUCCCAUCAGAGAAUUCAUACAGGGGAGAAACCCUAUCAGUGUGUGGAAUGUGGAAAGAGCUUUAGUUGCAGGAACAGUCUUACUUCCCAUCAGAGAAUUCAUUCAGGGGAGAAACCAUAUCAGUGUGUGGAAUGUGGAAAGAGCUUCAGUCACACCCACAGUCUCACUUCCCAUCAGAGAAUUCAUACAGGGGAGAAACCAUAUCAGUGUGUGGAAUGUGGAAAGAGCUUCACUGAUAGCUCCUCUCUCACUUCCCAUCAGAGAAUUCAUACAGGGGAGAAACCCUAUCAGUGUGUGGAAUGUGGAAGGAGCUUCAGUCACAGCUCCUCUCUCACUUCCCAUCAGAGAAUUCAUACAGGGGAGAAACCCUAUCAGUGUGUGGAAUGUGGAAAGAGCUUCACUGAUAGCUCCUCUCUCACUUCCCAUCAGAGAAUUCAUACAGGGGAGAAACCCUAUCAGUGUUUUGAAUGUGGAAAGAGCUUCAUUCGGAGCUCCUCUCUCACUUCCCAUCAAAGAAUUCAUACAGGAGAGAAACCCUAUCAGUGUGUGGAAUGUGGAAAGAGCUUCAUUCAGAGCUCCAACCUCAUUUACCAUCAAAGAAUUCAUACAGGAGAAAAUCCCUAUCAGUGUGUGGAAUGUGAAAAGAGCUUCAGUGACAGCUCCUCUCUCACUUGCCAUCAGAGAAUUCAUACAGGGGAGAAACCCUAUCAGUGUGUGGAAUGUGGAAAGAGGUUCAAUACGAGCUCCUGUCUCACUUCCCAUCAGAGAAUUCAUACAGGGGAGAAACCCUAUCAGUGUAUGGAAUGUGGGAAGAGCUUCAGUCAGAGCUCCAACCUCACUUCCCAUCAAAGAAUUCAUACAGGGGAGAAACCCUAUCAGUGUGUGGAAUGUGGAAAGAGCUUUAGUCAGAGCUGCAAACUAACUUCCCAUCAAAGAAUUCAUACAGGGGAGAAACCCUAUCAGUGUGUGGAAUGUGGAAAGAGCUUCAGUCACAGCUCCUCUCUCACUAAGCAUCAAAGAAAUCAUACAGGGGAGAAACCCUAUCACUGUGUGGAAUGUGGAAAGAGCUUCACUGAUAGCUCCUCUCUCACUUCCCAUCAGAGAAUUCAUACAGGGGAGAAACCCUAUCAGUGUGUGGAAUGUGGAAAGAGCUUCAGUGACAGCUCCUCUCUCACUAAGCAUGAGAGAAUUCAUACAGGGGAGAAACCCUAUCAGUGUAUGGAAUGUGGAAAGAGCUUCAGUCACAGCUCUUCUCUCACUUCCCAUCAAAGAAUUCAUACAGGGGAGAAACCCUAUCAGUGUGUGGAAUGUGGAAAGAGCUUUAGUCGCAGGAACAGUCUCACUUCCCAUCAGAGAAUUCAUUCAGGGGAGAAACCCUAUCAGUUUGUGGAAUGUGGAAAGAGCUUCAAUAGGACCUCCAAUCUAACAUCCCAUCAAAGAAUUCAUUCAGGUGAGAAACCCUAUCAGUGCAUGGAAUGUGGAAAGAGCUUCAGUCAGAGCUGCGAUCUCACUUCCCAUCAAAGAAUUCAUACAGGGGAGAAACCCUAUCAGUGCUUCGAAUGUGGAAAGAGCUUCAGUCAGAGCUCCUAUCUCACUAAGCAUCAAAGAAUUCAUACAGGGGAGAAACCAUAUCAGUGCUUUGAAUGUGGAAAGAGCUUCAGUCAGAGCUGCGAUCUCACUUCCCAUCAAAGAAUUCAUACAGGGGAGAAACCAUAUCAGUGUGUGGAAUGUGGAAAGAACUUCAUGAAGAGCUCCUCUCUCACUUCCCAUCAAAGAAUUCAUACAGGGGAGAAACCCUAUCAGUGUGUAGAAUGUGGAAAGAGCUUCACUGAUAGCUCCUCUCUCACUUCCCAUCGAAGAAUUCAUACAGGGGAGAAACCAUAUCAAUGUGUGGAAUGUGGAUGGAGCUUCAUUAAGAGCACCGCACUCACUAAGCAUCAGAGAAUUCAUACAGGGGAGAAACCCUACCAGUGUGCGGAAUGUGGAAAGAGCUUCACUGAUAGCUCCUCUCUCACUAAGCAUCAAAGAAUUCAUACAGGGGAGAAACCCUAUCAGUGUGUGGAAUGUGGGAAGAGCUUCAGUCACAGCCACAAUCUCACUUCCCAUCAAAGAAUUCAUACAGGGGAGAAACCCUAUCAGUGUGUGGAAUGUGGAAAGAGCUUCACUGAGAGGUCCUCUCUCACUUCUCAUCAAAGAAUUCAUACAGGGGAGAAACCCUAUCAGUGUUUGAAAUGUGGAAAGAGCUUCAGUCAGAGCUGCCAUCUCACUUCCCAUCAAAGAAUGCAUAUAGGGGGAAAACCCUAUCAGUGUGUGCAAUGUGGAAAGAGCUUUUGUCACAGCCAGAGUCUCACUGCCCAUCAAAGAAUUCAUACAGGGGAGAAACCAUAUCAGUGUGUGGAAUGUGGAAAGAGUUUCAGUCAGAGCUCCAAUCUCACUUCCCAUCAAAGAAUUCAUACAGGGGAGAAACCAUAUCAGUGUGUGGAAUGUGGAAAGAGCUUCACUGAUAGCUCCUCUCUCACUUCCCAUCAGAGAAUUCAUACAGGGGAGAAACCUUAUCAGUGUGUGGAAUGUGGAAAGAGCUUCAGUCAGAGAUGCCAUCUCACUUCCCAUCAAAGAAUUCAUAGGGGGGAGAAACCAUAUCAGUGCAUGGAAUGUGGAAAGGGCUUCAGUCAGGGCUCCUCUCUCACUUCCCACCAGAGAAUUCAUACAGGGGAGAAACCCUAUCAGUGCGUGGAAUGUGGAAAGAGCUUCACUGGGAGGUCCUCUCUCACUUGCCAUCAAAGAAUUCACACAAGCGAGAAACCCUAUCAGUGUGUGGAAUGUGGAAAGACCUUCAGUCACAGCGACAGUCUCACUUCCCAUCAAAGAAUUCAUACAGGGGAGAAACCAUAUCAGUGUGUGGAAUGUGGAAAGAGCUUCAGUCAGAGCUCCAAACUCACUUCCCAUAAAAGAAUUCAUACAGGGGAGAAACCCUAUCAGUGUGUGGAAUGUGGAAAGAGCUUCAGUCAGAGCUUCUAUCUCACUUUCCAUCAGAGAAUUCAUACAGGGGAGAAACCCUAUCAGUGUGUGGAAUGUGGAAAGAGCUUCACUGGGAGGUCCUCUCUCACUUCCCAUCAAAGAAUUCAUACAGGGAAGAAACCCUAUCUGUGUGGGGAAUGUGGGAAGAGCUUCAGUCACAGCCACAAUCUCACUUCCCAUGAAAGAAUUCAUACAGGGGAGAAACCAUAUCAGUGUGUGGAAUGUGGGAAGAGCUUCAGUCAGGGCUCCUCUCUCACUUCCCAUCAGAGAAUUCAUUCAGGGGAGAAACCCUAUCAGUGCUUUGAAUGUGGAAAGAGCUUCAGUAGGACCUCCAAUCUAACUUCCCAUCAAAGAAUUCAUACAGGGGAGAAACCCUAUCAGUGUGUGGAAUGUGGAAAGAGCUUCAGGAAGAGUUCCAAACUCACUACCCAUAAAAGAAUCCAUACUGGGGACAAACCAUUUCAGUGUGUGGAAUGUGGAAAGAGCUUUAGUCACAGCCACAGUCUCACUUCCCAUCAAAGAAUCCAUACAAAGGUCGGAAAACCAUUAUACAGCUUUAAGAGCCAGGCUAAUCCGCACCUUUUUAACCAGACCUUUGGCUGAUUGACAUCUAAUGCCCUUUUAAAAUGUGUUUUGUGUUUUUAUGUUGUAACCACCCUGACACCUGUGGGUGCAGGG